GCAACAAUGGCAGGUGAUGACUGUGUAAGAAAACGCCAGUCUGGCUCCACUACAACCUGCAAGACGCCUGAGAAUGAAGAAACACAGAGGAGACCUGAGAGCGAGAGGUCAUUUCAAAACUCGAGCAAUGGCCGGGUUGAUGUUGACCAUGUGAUAACAAGGAAAAUGCAGCUAAUAGCAGAAGCUGAGCAAUUGAAGCCAGCUUUCAUGAAGGAAGUGGACAGUCAUUUCACAGAGUUUGUGAACAGUUUGGUGGCAAAAUCAGCACUCCUGGAUUCCUCAUCUUCAGCCUCCAUCUUCCCGGCUUCCUGCUCAGAGAAGGAACUGCACAAAGCCAAGACUUUGAGGGCCCCUCCAGAACAUGGGAAGAUCUUUACUGCCAGGAGGUCCCUCUUGGAUGAGCUGUUUGAAGUGAGUCACAUCAGGACGAUCUACCACAUGUUCAUCGCCCUUCUCAUUGUCUUCAUCCUCAGCACACUUUUAGUAGACUUCAUUGAUGAAGGAAGGCUGGUCCUAGGAUUUGAUCUCUUGGUCUUUGUUUUUGGAAAGUUCCCAGUCGUCUUCUGUACUUGGGUGUGCAUGUUCUGUGCCACAGUUAUUGUUCCAUACAACCUUUACGUCUGGUGGGCCCAAGGCUACUGCAGUUCCUCCCAUCGUGUAAUCCGCUCUCUCUUCUAUGGAACAUUGUUCAUGCUCUUCCAAACAGCUGGGCUUGGAUUUGGACCAACCUAUGUUGCUGUAUCAUAUGCCCUGCCUCCAGCUUCCCGUUUUAUUGUAAUAUUGGAACAGGUUCGUCUUGUUAUGAAGGCUCAUUCAUUUGUCCGGGAGAAUGUGCCGAGAGUCCUGUCGUCUGUAAAAGACAAGUCCAGCACAGUACCUAUUCCCAGAAUUUCUCAAUACCUGUACUUCCUUUUUGCUCCCACCCUCAUCUACAGAGACAACUAUCCCAGGAAUCCCACGAUAAGAUGGGGCUAUGUAGCUACCAAGUUUGCACAGGUGCUUGGUUCGCUUUUCUAUGCCUACUACAUCUUUGUGAGACUCUGCAUUCCUCAGUUUCACAACAGUAGUCAAGAAACCUUCAAUCUUCGAGGGCUGGUCCUCUGCAUCUUCAAUUCCAUUCUGCCAGGUGUACUGAUUCUCUUCCUGGUUUUCUUUGCGUUCCUUCACUGUUGGCUUAAUGCAUUUGCUGAGAUGCUGCGCUUUGCAGACAGGAUGUUCUACAAGGACUGGUGGAACUCCACUUCCUAUGCAAACUACUACCGAACCUGGAAUGUGGUAGUACAUGACUGGCUCUAUUACUAUGCCUACAGGGACUUCCUUUGGUUUUUUGGUAAGAAGUUCAAAGCAGCAGCUAUGCUGUCUGUCUUCACAGUAUCAGCUGCUGUGCAUGAAUAUGUUCUGAGCAUCUGCUUCGGCUUCUUCUAUCCAGUUCUCUUUUGCCUGUUUAUGUGCUUUGGAAUGGUCUUCAACUUCAUCCUUAAUGACCGUCGGAAAGGGCCCAUCUGGAAUGUGAUCAUGUGGACUUCCCUCUUCCUGGGCCAAGGUGUCAUCAUUUGCCUCUAUAGCCAGGAGUGGUAUGCCCGCCAGUACUGCCCUAUGGAGAAUCCCACGUUCCUGGACUACUUAAAACCACGCUCGUGGUCAUGUCAUAUGAAGAUGUAAAAAUGGCAUGCUCGGGCUGUGUCAUCAUCACAGAAGAUGAGAGUUGUCCUCCAAGUAUUUGGACCAAUGACCUAACUCACUAUGGACUUUUUCUAAGGGAAGUUGUGCCUCCUGAUUAUUGGGGAGAAACUGUAAUUUUUUUAAACAUUACUGGGGCAAACCAGUUGACCUGGAUUGCAACAGGCUUCAUAGGCAGCAUCCACUAUGUGCUGCCCCACUUUGAGCCAUUUCCAUGCCAGUAAAACAUUGAGCUGAAGGUGGAGUCUUCUGGAAUCCUACUCACCCAGGGGCCCCCCCAAAUUGCUGCUCUUCUGG